AUGGAUAUGAAGAACAGCUCAGUAUCUGAGUUUGUUUUGCUAGGACUCACCAGAAGUCAGGAACUAUCUGUUUUCUUUUUUUUCAUAUUUUUGGUGGCCUAUGCAUCCAUCAUGGCAGGAAACCUCCUAAUCGUGGUCACUGUAACCUUUGACUCUCAUCUGCGCUCCAUACCUAUGUACUUCCUCCUUGGAAAUCUCUCCUUUCUGGAUAUGUCUAUUGCCACAGUUACAACACCUAAGAUGAUCAGUGAUUUCCUGAGGAAAAAUAGAACUAUUUCCAUGUGGGGCUGUAUGGCUCAGAUGUUCUUUCUCCACUUCCUAGGGGGCAGCGAGAUGAGUCUUCUCAUAGUCAUGGCUGUGGAUCGGUACAUCGCAAUAUGCAAACCACUCCACUACACUGCCAUCAUGAGCCGCAGGGUGCUGGCGGGCUCUGUCCUGCUAUCUUGGGCUGUUGGUUUCGUGCACACUAUGAGCCAAAUGGCUUUUGCUGUCACUUUGCCCUUCUGUGGCCCUAAUACAGUGGACGAUAUAUUUUGUGACCUUCCCCUGGUGCUGAGGCUGGCCUGCACUGACACUUACGUCCUGGAAUUGCUGGUGAUCGCUGACAGUGGGCUGCUGUCUUUCAUCUGCUUCGCACUUUUGCUCAUUUCCUACACUGUCAUUCUGGUGACCGUGCGAAGUCGCUCCUCCGGUGGACUGUCCAAGGCUCUGUCCACACUGUCUGCUCAUAUCACAGUGGUCACUCUGUUCUUUGGGCCGUGUGUCUUCAUUUACACUUGGCCAUUUAGUAGCUUUUCAGUGGAUAAAUUUCUUUCUGUAUUUUAUUCAGUUAUUACCCCCUUAUUGAACCCCAUUAUUUACACUCUGAGGAAUCAGGAGAUGAAAUCAGCCAUAAGCCGACUGAGGACCCAACACAUCGUCUCCAGACAUUUUCUAGACAACGAAUGA